AUGGCGCGUCUCUUCCUCGACCAAGAGCCGCUGACGCAGUACAAAGAUCGCGCGUUCGAGGGCACGAUCGAGGCCUACCUCGACGCCCUGCGCGCGAGCGCGACGCUGUACGUGGGGAAUCUGUCGUUUUACACCUCGGAGACGCAGGCGCGGGCGUUGUUCGCGCGGUGCGGCGUCGUCCGACGCAUCGUCUUCGGGCUCGAUCGGGAGCGGCGGACGCCGUGUGGAUUCGCGUUCGUGGAGUACGAGACGCGCGCGGCGGCGGAGCGGUGCGCGAGGUACCUGAACGGGACGAAGUUGGAUGAUCGCGAAAUCAGAGUGGAUUUCGACUGGGGCUAUCGCGAGGGACGGGAAUUCGGACGCGGGAAGAGCGGUGGACAAGUGCGAGACGAAUACAGGACGUAUUACGACAGUGGACGGGGUGGGUACGGGAAACUGUUGAGAGAUGAGCUGGAGGGGAUGAAGGCGCGGGGAGAGGGGGGCGCGGAGGUCGCGGCGGGCGAGAAGCGGGCGCGGGACGCGUGA